CAAUUUUUUAGAGUAAAUAUACACUUUUUUCAGGUUAAGUCUAAGUUUAAAUGGUUUAAAUCAGUAAACAUUACAGGAAUUCAUCAAUUUAUUUAUAGAUAAUUAUCUUAACAGUAGUUCUAAUAUACAUUUUUAUCAAUAAAUCAUCAUCAACUUCAACUGGUUUCAAAAUUGAUUAAAAAUGAAGUUCAGAUAAAUAUAAUACGAUAAAAAUUUUAAAAACUGAUGGCGAAAUUUUAUUUAAAUGGUAUUGCUCAAAAAGCGUUCUUCUGUGUUAAAAAUGUAAAAAAAAUCCAUUCACGCUCCAAUUGUACUUUACCUAAAUCAAAAGGUUUAGAAUGCCUAAAAAAUAGAAGUUUGCUCCAGAUAAAAGGCAACGAAACAUCCGAGUUCCUUCAGGGUUUAAUUACUAAUGAUAUGAGACAUUUUAAUGAUGGUAUAGCUGAUAUUUAUGCUUUAUUUUUGAAUACCAAGGGUAGAGUAUUGUACGAUACUAUUAUAUACAAAGGAUAUGACCAUGAAACCUAUUAUAUUGAAUGUGAUUCUGAAAUAAUUAAUGCAUUGCAAAAACACCUGACAAUUUACAAAAUACGUCGAAAAAUAGAAAUUCAGUCAAUGGUUGAUAAAAUGAAAAUCUGGGCUGUAUUCGACAAUAAUUUAACAACUAAUGAAAUCGCAUCUAAAAGUAAACACAGAAAAACAAGAUUAGAAGGUCAAAUAUUUCCUUGUGGUUCACUCAAUCAAAAUUCUAGUGUGUCUAUUGAUGAUGUUGUAAUUUAUGAAGAUCCAAGAAUUCCUGAGCACAGUUUCAGAGUUUUAAGCAAUAUUAAUAUAACUGAAGAUGAAAUAUUGCAAAAACUGGAGCCUAGAAUUCUUUUAGAUAAACAAGAUUUAAGUUAUCGACAAUUUCGAUAUCAACUAGGUAUAGGUGAAGGAAUACAAGACUUACCUCCAGGAAAAUCAUUUCCUUUAGAAAUAAAUAGUGAUUAUUUACAUGGUGUUAGUUUUCAUAAAGGAUGUUAUAUUGGUCAGGAAUUAACUGCUCGUACUUAUCACACUGGAGUAGUAAGGAAACGGCUCAUGCCUCUGAUAUUCGAGGAGGUUCAGAAUAAUUUCAAUUAUGAUGAAAAUAUUGUUGACAAUAAUGGUAAAACUGUCGGGAAAUUCCGGGGAGUUGAAGGAAAAUAUGGACUAGGUUUGAUGAGAGUGUCAGAAACUAUUAAUGCUCAAAGUUUAAAGAUAUUAAAUAAAUCUUUACAAGUCAUAAAACCAUGCUGGUGGCCAGUUGAAAGUCAAAAAGAAAAAAUAAAAGUCGAUGAUGUAAAAUAGUAAAACAUAAUUUUAAGAAUAAAAAAGUUGUAUUUAACUUGAAUUAUUAAAAUAAAUGUGAAUAAGAUAAA